GAUAAAUGUCAGCUUUUGUAGUUAACUUUACAAAUGUCACAAGAGCAUUUUCUGCUCAUAUAUUUUAGAAAAGGGCACGUGGGCAUGGAUGUAGAUUGACAAUGCUGUUACUGUUCACAGUUCAGAUAUAACAUGUGAUUUCUCUGCUGGGCAAGAGUCUUUAAUGCCAGAACCGGGAGCGUUACUGAAAGGCACUUAUUUCAUCUCUUAUCAGCAAUGCUUUACUGUGAGCUAAUUAUUGAUGGAUAAUUGUAUUUAUCAGUUUCCAAUCAAUCGUCCACUCACACACUUCAAGGUCUCACUAACACUGCAGGCUUUCAUUAGACCUCUAUAGCCCAAUAGCACAAUUAGCUUCUCUUGUAAUGACUUUGUUAUUAAAGUGCAGGUUGAUUUUGGUUUAUUUUUGUCUUUGUUUAGCACUAAUCAACAUGCAUGGUAUCAUUUUUUCAGCACAAACUCAGCUAUAAGUCUGACAAAGCAGCUCCAAGAAAUUCUAAAAUACAACAAAAAUGACACAUGCAUAAUCAAUCAAAAUACAAUUAGGCCUAUAGAACAGUUUUAGGGUGAAAACAAAAACAUUGUUUUACUAUUUAUACACAUAAAUGCAGCCGGGAAAUGUCUAUUUACAUGCAAAAAUGAUUUUACUCCAGCUAGAUUUAGUGUAUUUUUCAUUUAAAGUCUGCCUGUAAAUCACUGAAAAUAUUAAUAAUUCACACUUUUAAGAUUUAUUUUUAAAAAUGUCUUGAUAUGAUAUCUACAACUGGUUUGUUCAGCUUGCUCACCGAUGAAUAGAAGGACUCCAGAGGGUUUUAAUACGACCUCGGUGUCUUUAAUGAUGGGUUCAGUAGCUCCUUUCUAACUGGGUCAAGCUCACUCUGGCCACAAAUAGAAGCUCCUUGUGUAAAAAAGACACAAAAUCCAAUAACAAAAUCUAUAAGGACACCUAUAAAGUCACCAUGACCUCACAUUUAAAAAAAACAAAACAACAGAUAGGUCUUUAUAGGUCUAUGGCAAAAUGUCCUUCACCUCUAUAACCAAGAUUAUAUGAGAAGACUGGUUUUGAUUCAUUAGAGGUAAGGUUGUUGAGUCCUUGUUGAGGACAGACAAUAAGCCUUCCUCCCUCCUCCCCCUCCUCUUCCUCCUCCUCCUCCUCCCUCAAGCAAGCUUUAUAAAUGAGAGAUCUCAGGACUCCAGUUGCUCCCGAUGUGAGCACCAAUGAGCUCCUGAGUUUUCACCUCUUUUUCAGUGGAUUUUUUUUUUAUUAUAAGCAACAAGGCCAGUGAGUGUGCAGAGAGGAUGCAGCAGACUGAUGAUGCUGUCACUCAUCCAUACGAUGCAACUUCUUAAAAUAACUUAAAACAACUCCAAAAGUGUUUUCACUGGAUUUUUUUCCGCUUUUAGAAAAUUAAUAUUUUUUUUGGUCUUCUGAGAUCCACCACCACCUCCACCCCCCCGGACAGCGCGUCUCCACUGCGCCGCCAUGUGCGCGCUGCUGCCGGCCUGGUUGUGCCUGCUGCUCGGCCUCCUGCCUCUGGAGAUCCAGUCCCGGGCUUUGACUCUGCAGAGCCUCACUCACAGACAGAGGUCGAGUUUACCCAGAACCUAUAAAUACCCAAAGUCUUCUAACACCGCCAUCAUGCCUACUGCGUCUGAUCUCUCUGUUGCCGUUGACAACCACAUCACCGAGGGAGACCGACAUAUCAUCUGGAGGGCCCUGCUGCACAAAGAGCCCCCGCCGAGGUUGUCCGACCUGUUGGUCGACCAAAGAGACAGUGUACUAUGGGAAGCGCCGGUCUGGCAGCGUGGGUCAAGGGGUCGUCGCCAUGCCCACAGUGGCGGCGGGAGGGGCCACGGCCAUCUGAUGAGGGUGGGGUGUGUCCUAGGCACCUGUCAGGUUCAGAACCUCAGCCACCGUCUCUACCAGCUGAUUGGACAGAGCGGGAGGGAAGUCUCCUCCCCCAUUAACCCUCGCAGUCCACACAGCUUCGGCUAACACCACACCACGAAAGCUACCGACACCUUUACCAUCAAACGCUGGCAAGUUAGCCAGAUCGUUUUUUGCAUCAGUGACACAAUUAGACAGCAAAAUAAGCAUUUGACGUCAGUCCUUGAAAUCCAGUCUCCUAGAAAUGUGUUCUAAAUUGUUUUUCCCUGUUGUGUUGUGAUGAAAAAUGUAAUCGCUUGCUGGAUUAUGUUCAGACUGAGGCAACGUUUCUUUGAGUAAAUGGAGCAGGUAUACAAUAUCUGUUUGCAAGAUCGGAUAUUUUGGCCGAAAACAAAUUAAAUACGUUGUCAGAGAACAUUUUAUUGGUACGUUCAGUAUCAACAUUGCAACUUGCCACAUAAGUUAACUAACAAUAUUUCCUCAUUAUGUUGAUAGAAAUCCCUGCAGCAUUACUUUUCUCCUAAAACAUAUUUGCUGCUCCAAAGUAGUAAUAUAUGGCAUGCAGGUAAUUUCAAGGAGACAGGGUUGGUCCCGAUCUCAGCUGAUUAGUAUCAAAAGUAUAGUUAUGGUUUAUUACAACUAUUCACAACAACUUGGGUCUUAUUUUUGUAGUUGUAGUAGUUGUAGUUUUGACCGUCAAAUAAACUGCUGAGAUCUGGGAAUGGAGCGACAUUGCCAAAAAGAUGUCAGACGGAGCAAGAAACACAAGCAGACCGAUUUUAAACAAAACCCCAAGUCAGCCAAACUAGGGGAAUAGUAAAUAGUAAAUAACCAUCGCAGUCUGCGGGAAACUUUCAAGGCAGGGGUCACAUGACAGACCGCACAUGACUCUUGCUUUGCAGGUUGCAUCGGUGCCUCAAGAGUCUCCCCACAGUUUAUAGGCCAACUUCCUGGUACAAUUUAUUAUCACAGACAUGUCAGGUGUGCUCACUUUCGGGUUUACCUGCAAGUGGUUUAGAAUGCUCUGGCUAAACUUGUGGCUCGUUUCAUCAUUUGACUGAGAAGAAACCAAGUUUAUUGCCCCUUCAGACUCUGAUGUAGUGAUGUUACCAUGUUCCCAGAUCCAAGCAAUUAUUCUGGUGAGCACAAUGUGAUCAUAGCCUAUAGAUACGAUAGACAACACUACGAAAAUGAGUUGUAAUAAACCAGAAUUUCUGCAUUGUUUAAUAUUAUGGCCUCUAGUUUCAUAGAGGUGACGGCCAACGCAAAUUGGAGAUUUCCACAGCCACCAAUUUACAGUCUUGGGUGUUUUGGCAUUCAUACAAUAACACCCAUUUAGACACGAUGAUGUAAACAAGAAAAAUUGUGAAUGAGCGAUGCCUCUCUCAAACUGACCUACCUAACUAAUGUCUACUAUCGUCAUCAAUGGUGAUCCUGCUGAUCUGAACAUACUUGAGCUCAGAGCUAAUCUGUCUUUCAAAAGGACCUCCAUCUACGUCUGCAAACAAGUAGCUUUACUUCAGUGCGAACAGAAACCCAGAAUAACCUCCAAUCAAACCCCGUUAACCCUUCACCCAAAACCCCACAGAGCACACAGUUAGCCAAAAUAACCACUAACCCUAAUCCGUGAUCUGUCGUGACGCUUCUUAACGUCUCGUAACAAGGACAACUGGACUGCAGUGGGGUUUUUUGAACCUGUAAACUGCAACUCUACGAUGCAUCAUUUUGAUUUUUGUCACUGUUAAGUCUGUUUUUGAGCCUUAAUUGCUUUAAUCAUUUGUAAGGCCUUGUAAUGUUUUUGCCUAUCCAAAUUAAGCACCACUGUGAAUGUUGACUAUCAAAGUGUUAUUUAAAGCUUUAUAGUCUUCUGCUUUUCUGUGUGUGUGUGUCAGUUCAGCAACAGUGUCAGUAGUUAAAUGUUAAUAGGAAUGCAUGAGAGCACUUUAUUCUUCUUUACAUUCAGUAUGACUUGAAUUUUAAAAAUGUGUUAUUUAACUUAAUGAGAUCAUUUUGUUGUAAAUAUCCCACUUUACUAAAUCUUCAUGUUCAUGUGAGCGCCCCUUCAAGGUACAAGUUUCCUUUUGUAAACUACCUGUGUUGCUUCCAUGUAAUACUUUUUAUUUUACAGUAGCAGCUUUGUUUAA